AUGGAUAAAAAAGAAUCUCUUUUUUCAUUUUUUUUUUCUUACUGUCAACAGCUUUAUCUGUCUGUCUGUCUCUUUUUGUAUGUAUGUACUAAUGUACUAAUCUAUAUAUCUAUCUAUCUAUCUAUCUAUCUAUCUAUCUAUAUCAAUUUUUCUUCUUUGAUGUGCAUCUAUCUUUCUUUCUUUCUUUCUUUCUUUCUUUUGCCUCUUUCAGUUUUACUUGCUUUUCUCUAUCUAUCUAUCUAUCUAUCUAUCUAUCUAUCUAUCUAUCUAUCUAUCUAUCUAUCAGAUUCUUUUUUCUUUGAAUUUAUCUUUCUUUCUGUUUUUCUUUCUUUCUUUCUUUCUUUCUUUCUUAGUUUGUUUCUUUCUUUUUUAGCCUACUUCUUUCAUUUAUACUUUCUGUUAUCUAUCUAUCUAUCUAUCUAUCUAUCUAUCUAUCUAUCUAUCUAUCUUGUUCAUUGA